GCCCUAAAUAAAUAAUUAAUUAAUUAAAUCUCCAUUUUCACUCUCUUCAAGCUCCCAACCCGAAAAUUCUCCAUCAGAGCACAAACCCUAACCCUAAUCUCCCAAAUCCCCGAGCUCAUCCACGAGCCCCCAGGGCUGGAUCUCCUUCGAUCGAGAGAUGGCGGGAAGCGGGAGCAUAAGCAGCAAGAACGUCUUUGCAGCGCUCGAUUCGUUGAAUAAGAAGAAGAAGGGGUCGUCGAAAAGUUCGGGUCCGAUCAGGGAGGCCGAAGCAGCGCCGGUGGUUUGGCCGGUGGCCUCGACUCUCGAGGGGAAAUCGUGGGCGGAUAUCGAUGACGAUGACGAUUACUACGCGUCAGCGCCGCCGCCGGUUUGGGGAUCGUCCGAGAUGAACGAGAAGGAUGAAGAGGUCACGGCGAUAAUCGAAGGGGAAAGUGAAAGUGAAGAUGAUCUGAUUGAAGGUGAGGAGGAUGACGAUGAGGACGUUGAUGAUGAACCUGAAGAGGCUCCUACACAAACUGAGCCUGUUGUCAAGAAAGCUUUCCCUGCUCCAGUCGCACCUAAAGAUACAGAGAGGCAACUGUCUAAGAAGGAGCUGAAGAAGAAAGAGCUAGCAGAGCUAGAUGCUGUUUUGGCUGAGUUGGGAAUAUCAGGAAAGGAUAGCGGAAGUUCUAGGCAAAUAAAAGAAAAUGAUGCCAAUGAAGAGAAGAAACCGGAGGAGAAUGCCCCAGUUCCAGCAGAGACCAAGACCUCAAAGAAAAAGAAAGCAAAGAAAGAAAAACCAUCAAAGGAGGUCAAAGAUUCAACCGAGCAAUCCAAUGGCGUAGAUGCUAAUCCUACUGAAGAAGACAACUCUACGGUUGAUGUAAAAGAGAAGCUAAAGAAGAUGGCUUCGUUGAAGAAGAAGAAAUCAAGCAAGGAGCUGGAUGCCGCCGCAAAAGCUGCAGCAGUUGAAGCUGCUGCUAGAAGUAAAAGGCUUGCUGCUGCAAAGAAGAAAGAGAAGAACCACUAUAAUCAACAACCAGUGAGGUAAAAACCUCUGGUGGUUUAGUUUUGCAAGAUGUAGUUGUUGUUACUUCAGUGAGUUAAUUUGUGGAAUGCACAAUAAGACUAAUUGUGGGUUGUUAAGUGCACAAUAAGGUUUGAGGCUUUUUAAUAUCAAUCAUUGACUGAUUAUUUA